AUGAACUACGUAAGUGGAAUCUACUUUGCCAACUGGUCCGUCUACGAGGCUAAGCACACUCCCGGUGAUGUCGAUGUGGCCAAUAUCAGCCAUGUGUUCUAUGCAUUCAUGAAGAUAGAUCCAGAGUCAGGAAACGUGGGUCUUUCGGACUCGUGGGCUGAUACAGAGCUUUCUGUCAAUGGCAAGAAAGGCUGUUUGGGCCUGUGGAUGAGUCUCAAAAAGGAACAUCGCCAUUUGAAGGUGGUGAUGUCUGUUGGAGGCUGGGGAACUAGCAAUGCGUUCCAAGAAACUGUCAAGUCAGAGAAAAAACUCCAGAAUUUUGUGGAGUCCGUCACGCAUUUGGUGCUGACCUACAAAUUCGAUGGUGUGGAUAUCGACUGGGAGUAUCCUGCCUCCCCAGUUGAAGGCUCACAGCUAUGUGGCUUGUUGGAAUUGUUGAGAGCUUCAUUAGACAGCGUUCGUGAUGGCAUGCUUCUCACAGUAGCAUCUCCUGCCAGUAGCAACCAAUUAGAGAACUACGAUUUGGAGCGGAUGGAUCGGGUGCUUUCAUUCUGGAAUGUCAUGUGCUAUGAUUUCGCUGGUGCUGGCUGGUCCUCCAACACUGGUGCUCAUCUGAAUUUGUAUGGCCACAAUGGCGAUAAUGACUUGAAUGUGGAUCUGGUGAUUGGAAACUACAUUGGCCAGGGUAUCCAUCCCCAGAAACUUGUCAUGGGAAUGCCCAUGUACGGCCGCUCAUUUUACAGCCCCACGACAGCCGAUCUCGGAGCAUCAUUCAGUAAGAGUCUGCCUUAUCCGACAGACACUGUGGAAUACCGAGACAUUUCAGACCAAAACGAGGUCUACGAUAGCACCAGAGUGGCUGCAUACAUGUACGAUGCUAGCAAGAAGGUUCUAGUGACUUAUGACAACAAACAGUGCGUGUCAGAGAAGGGACGCUAUGUCACCAGCCAUAAUCUACGUGGUGGAUUCUGGUGGGACUCCAAGGGCGAGUCUAGGCAUAAGCACCACAAGCUCAUGAAUGUUUUUGUAGAUGAGCUAGGUGGACCACACAACAUCGACCACUCGCCCAACUGGAUAUAG